AAUGCGUGGCUCACAUCCACUCGGCCCUCUUCUGAUUCACUCCCAGACAGCUCGUCCAGUUUGAAAAAUAUGUUGCCUUCCGAUGGACUAUCAACUCCAUUUCCCGUAUCGAUAUUCGAUGCAAAGGUUUCUGUUUCCUCUUUCGAGUCAAGAAUCGCUUCCUCUAUCUUGUCCGAUGAGGUUUCUUCUGAUUCUUCAAUCACAAUGCCACGACCGAAAGCCUUGCAUUUCACGCGUUUGGAGCCACUUGGGGGUCGAUUAGCGACGGGGAUCACAAUAUCUCCAAUAGGCUCUGAGGACAUGGAAUCCUGCUCAGUUAGUGGAAGCCUUCGAAGGGUAGUCGGGGCUACCGAAUUCCCACGCGCCGGUUCUGACAAAGUGGAGCCCUGUCGGCCUAGAGGGGAUUUCCGACAACCGGUGACACCUUGUCGCCUAAUGGCUCUGAGGACACGGAAUCUUGAGAAGUCAUCGAUGGUUUGUUCGCCUGAAUGAAUAGGUGUCUGCCAGAGUCGAAAGUGAAAGAACGUUGCGAGUUAGGCUCCGGUGAUGGCGAAAUGGACGAGGCCGUUGGCGUUAGCGAUAUCCGGCGGUCCGUCGUGUAGUAGAGCACCACUCGUUCGAUUGAUGGCGUUGGUGUUCGAGCACGACGACGUGUCGUCUUACGUUCUUCCUGCUUCUCUUCGCGUUCUUUCUUUUUGAACUCUUCAGACUUGCUCGGCUCGGAUUUGUUGUAGAGAUGACGCCAGAAUCGAUCAAAGUUCUCCAUAUCGACCUCUUUCUUUGCAUCUUCUCUGGCUUGAUGAAGAUUGCAGUUAAAUCUAAAUUUAACGAGGCUCGCUUUGUCCAGAUCUGAGCUAACCAGCGAGUUUGGAUCGCUUUUCUCCGAAGUAGCUAAUGAAUCCAUUCUAUCCAUCUCACCUUUUGGCUUGCUCGAAUUCGAAAAGAUUUCGUCAUUAAUCUGAAUUUGGACAGAUGUCGGCAGUUCCUCAUCACCGCCCGUUGUCGAAGUGGUUGUGUUACCAGGUGGACUAGCACUCGCGCUUUUCUCGGAACAUGCCGAGACCUUAACCUCGGGCAACGGUACAGACUCGUCUGAUUCUGCAACUGAUGCUUUUUUAG